GGUCUCAGCGUGAGUCUGCGGAGCUUGUGGCGCUGUCUGGCCGGGACGAGGAGGAGGGCUUCCACGCGAAGAGCAGGCGACCGUCCACACUGAACCCUGGGAGAAGCAGCAGCAGCAGCUCUGUGCUCCGUCUGACCGGGAUUCCAAUCAGUGUUUUGUACUCAGGCAGAAGGUCGGAGCGCGGUGGGACCGUGUGCUGUCGCCGAGCCACUGCAGCAGCAACAGACCGAACACGCCGCCGCUGCGAGGGCAGAAAACCUCUCGCUGUCCGCUGGAGAUGUGUGAUCAUUGACAGAGUUCAAUACACACGGGCUUUGCGUGAUCACCGCUAGGAGCUUCGUGCUGCGGACUCCUGAGCCUCUUCCUCCGGGGACAGAUCGACUGCGUGGUUGGGCUUAAUUCCGUCUCUCUGAAGUCUCGGUAUUAUAUUGGUGUUUUUGUGUCUGAGCCACUGUCAGGCACUCGACCAAUAGGAGCAGUUUGCACAUUUCCACCAGCUUGUCUGCAGCCCCCUCCCAACCCAGACAGUCUUCUGCCCCAGCAUGAAUGAAGUCAGUGUUGUGAGAGAGGGAUGGCUCCACAAGAGAGGUGAAUACAUUAAAACUUGGCGGCCUCGCUACUUCAUAUUAAAGAGUGAUGGCUCCUUCAUUGGCUACAAAGAGAAGCCUGAGGUGUCCAGUGACCACAGCCUCCCGCCGCUCAACAAUUUCUCUGUCGCAGAAUGCCAGCUGAUGAAAACAGAGCGUCCCAGGCCCAACACAUUUGUCAUUCGUUGCCUGCAGUGGACUUCGGUUAUCGAACGCACCUUCCAUGUGGAUAGCAACGAAGAGAGGGAGGAAUGGAUGCGUUCGAUCCAGGCGGUGGCAAAUAGCCUGAAGAGUCAGCAGCAUGAUGAGGAGCCCAUGGAGAUCAAAUUUGGCUCUCCAACUGACAGCAGCGGCACAGACGAGAUGGAGAUUGCUAUGUCCAAGUCCAACAAAAAAGUGACCAUGAGUGAUUUCGACUACCUGAAGCUGCUGGGCAAAGGGACGUUUGGUAAAGUGAUUCUGGUGAAAGAAAAGGCCACAGGGAUGUACUACGCCAUGAAAAUCCUCCGUAAAGAAGUCAUCAUUGCUAAAGAUGAAGUGGCACACACAGUUACUGAAAGCAGAGUUCUCCAAAACACCAGGCACCCCUUUCUAACAACACUAAAAUAUGCAUUUCAAACACAUGACCGGCUAUGCUUUGUGAUGGAGUAUGCAAAUGGAGGAGAACUAUUCUUUCACUUAUCGCGGGACAGGGUGUUCACAGAAGACAGAGCACGAUUCUAUGGUGCAGAAAUAGUAUCAGCACUGGAGUACCUACACUCACGCAAUGUCGUUUACAGGGAUUUGAAACUGGAAAACCUCAUGUUAGACAAGGAUGGCCACAUAAAGAUAACUGACUUUGGGUUAUGUAAAGAGGGCAUCACAGAUGGCGCCACCAUGAAAACCUUCUGUGGAACCCCGGAGUACCUGGCACCAGAGGUGCUUGAGGACAAUGACUACGGACGAGCUGUGGACUGGUGGGGACUGGGCGUGGUCAUGUAUGAAAUGAUGUGUGGUCGGUUGCCCUUCUACAACCAAGACCAUGAACGUCUCUUUGAGCUCAUCCUCAUGGAGGAAAUCCGCUUCCCCAAGAACCUAGCCCCUGAAGCCAAGGCCCUGCUGGCUGGCCUGCUCAAAAAGGAUCCUAAACAAAGGCUCGGAGGUGGACCAGACGAUGCCAAAGAUGUGAUGAGCCACAAGUUCUUCACCUCAAUCAACUGGCAGGAUGUCACUGAUAGAAAGCUUAUUCCACCAUUUAAGCCCCAGGUAACAUCAGAGACAGACACACGCUACUUUGAUGAUGAGUUCACAGCACAAACUAUCACGAUAACUCCUCCAGAUAAGUAUGACAGUUUAGAUGCAGAGGAUUCAGAUCAGCGUACGCACUUCCCACAGUUCUCCUACUCUGCCAGCAUACGGGAAUGAUUACUCAGACUCUUGAACAAGCAGGCAGACUUAACACACAAUCACAAUCCCACAUAACACACCCGCACUGCUGGGGGGAAUCUGAACGACACAAACCAAAACUGGCACAAGACACAUUCUCAUUUGGUCUUAAAUGCACGCGCACACAUAUCCACACACAUAUUGGCAAUUCAGACAAGACGUGGAUCAUCAUGUAUGAAGUGAACACACGGGCUGUGAAUGACCGACCUCAGCAGGUUUGUGUGCAUAGACUGGCAGCUUUGUCUCGUCCUCUCAGGGCUGGCGUUAGGCUUCCCUGCAGGACCUCUGCUGCACUACACUGGGCAACACAUCAGAGCCUUGAUACUUUGUAAACCAGGUUAUGCCAGCAAGUCCCACCUCUUUACCAGCUGUACCCUUGCUACACACACACGUGCACACACACACACACACACACACACACACA